AAGAAAAAUCUUAAUAGACAUUAAGUUUGCAUCUAAUGUUUGCUCACACCACACAUAUUAUUUUAUAAGGGUUCAACGAUGAUCGUGAAAGCUGUAACAAUGAGAUGAUAACUUUGUCAAGCAUUUUGACAUAAUUACGGCUCAAUUAAUGGUUACGUUUGAUAGACAUAUGUAAGAGUACAUCCAUAUCCAUUUACUUCCCCAGCCAUUUUCCUCGAGACAUUUGGGGAAUCUAACAUAUUUUCUUGAACGCAGAGGAAAAAGAACGAAAAAGGGAAAGGGAACAUGAGGCAACAAGAGAAGCAACAGAACCGAAGCAAGGUGGAGGACAAUCGAAAUAGAAAUUCAGACUAUUCGCUCAAUCAACCCGCUAGAAGAUUCCGCCUGUUGGAUUGGGGAUUAUUUUAGCAUAUUUCCCACAACUUUUGUCAAGAAGAUGACGUGACACGUGAUGGUAAAUAUUGACAAGCUGACGCGGACUUCGAUGAGUGAAACCUGGGGAAAGGAAAGAAAGUGAAAUAAGGAGUGGGAGUGACCUUCGCGGAAAGGAGGAGCCCUCACGCGGAAACCAGCUGAAAAGGGCUUCAGUCAUAGACCUUAUACGCGGAAAGAAAGAGAGUGGAAGUUGCUACUCUUCUUAAUCGCGCCUCUGGCUUGUAGAAAUCUCCUCAAGACAAAUCGGGUGCUAGGUUGUGAUCCAAACACGUCCGAUCCCAUCACGACCUCGAUAUGUGGAAUCGUCUUGCGCUAUACGUUAUGAGAUUCCUGGAUAUGUGGAGUCGUCUGGCGCUAAACGUUCUGAGAUAGCUUGGGACACAUGAUCCAAGCCCGGGACCAGAAAUUGAAGUCAACGGUAACAUCAAUCUGUGUUGUCAGAUGGAGGACGAAGAGGCCGACUCAGCAACUGCAACUGGUGGCAACUACGAUGUAUUCUUGAGCUUUCGAGGACCCGACACUCGCAAUACAUUCACGGAUUUCCUUUAUGUGUACAUGAGCGAUAAAGGAAUCCGCGUUUUUAGGGAUGAGGAGGAUUUACGACCAGGUGAAAAGAUCUCGGAGAUCUUGCAAGCAAUAAAAAGAUCCCAAAUAUACAUUCCUAUUUUCUCCGAGGGUUACGCUUUGAGUAAAUGGUGCUUGCGAGAGCUAACAUGCAUGGUGGAGUGCACUCGCCAAUUCCCAGGGAAAGAGAUACUACCCGUCUUUUACGACGUGACUCCCUCGGAUGUUAAGCUUGAAACGGAGCUGUACGAAAGCGCCCUAAAGGAGCAUGAGAAGGACCAAGAUUUCACUAGAGUGAAUUCAUGGAAGGAGGCUCUGAAAACGGUGGCUACAAUCAAAGGAUGGCAUAUAAAGGAUAAAAAGCAAGGCGAGCUCAUUAACGAUAUCACUCAAAAGGUUUCACAAAAGAUCGCAAUAAGAAAAAGAGAUUUGCCCACCAAGCUAAUUGGAAUUGAUGAUCGUAUAGAAGCCAUAGAGAAAAUGUUACUGUGUGACACUAGUGACGUACGAUUUGUCAUAAUCCAUGGAAUAGGUGGCAUUGGAAAGACAACUCUUGCCAAGGCAGUUUUCAACCGUCUCUCUCCUCGAUUUAAAGGUCACUCCUUCCUUUCGAACAUCCGAGAAUCACCUCCAAGCAGUGGCGUUAUAAAAAUGCAAAGAAAAUUAGUAGCGGAUCUUUUCGGUUUCUCACUUCUCAAAACCUUUGACUUUGAGGAAGGGAACAAUAUGAUCAGAAUGAGGCUACCUACCAAAAAAGUUUUACUUGUUUUUGAUGGCAUGGAUGAAAAUGAUCAAUUUAUGCAACUAGCGAAGUAUUGUACUUUAUGUGGUCCAGGGAGUAGGAUCAUCAUUACAACCAGAGAAAAUAGUCUUUUUCCUGUGACCAAGGUGGAAGGAUUGGAGGAAAAUAUCUCUGUACGGUCUACAAAGUUUUUGCUGUACGAAAUGAAGGAAAUGCAUUUUGAUCAUGCUCUUCACCUUUUCAACAAGCUCGCCUUCAACACAGAUUCAGCUCCACAUGAUCUUCAUGAUCUUUCAAGAGAAGUUGUUGAAUUCACCGGACGACUUCCGUUGGCUCUUGAGGUGAUAGGUUCACAUCUCCGUUCCCAAAGUAAAAAGAUGUGGAUAAGCACACUGGAGAAGUUGAAGGAAGUGCCUAACGAAAAAGUCCAACAGAGGUUAAAGAUAAGUUAUGAUGCACUUGAAUAUCGAGCGAAACAAAUCUUUCUGGACAUUGCGUGUUUCUUUUUUAACAAGAAAAAAACUAAUCCAAUGUAUAUGUGGGAAGAUUGUGGCUUUUUCCCGGAAGUCGAAAUUGAGGUCCUUAUCAACAAGUCCUUGAUCAAGAUUGUUGAUGGUGAUAGAAUAUGGAUGCAUAAUCAGUUAAGAGCUCUUGGAAGGGAAAUUAUUUGUGCCCAGAAUAUUCGAAAUCCUGGAAAUCGAAGCAGACUGUGGUCUUCUGUGAUGGCUUUAGACGUGGUAAGAGCUAAAAAGGGAGCAAAAAAUGUGGUAGCACGCACACUACGGAGAACAAGACUCUAUUUUACACUGGAAAAUUUUGCGAAUUUCACGAAUGCGAGGUUUCUUGAAUUGGACGGAGGGAACUUUGCCGGCAACUUUGAGAAUAUUUUGCCAGAGCUAAGAUGGCUUUGUUGGCGAAAUUGUCCUUCGCAACUGCAAGCAAACAACUUUGUGUUGAAUCACCUAGUUGUUCUCAAGCUUUCAGGCAAUAUCACCACAGAAGAAUGGAGCAGAUGGGUCGAAAUCAUGGUGCCAAGUAAACUGAAAGUUUUGCAACUUGCGCGAUCUAAAUCCUUAAUUAAAACACCUUGCUUCUCUGAAUUGAUGAGUUUGGAGAGAUUGGUUCUGAAAGAUUUCCCAAGGUUGGCCGAAAUUGAUCGCUCGAUUGGUAAACUAGAGCAGUUGAUUUACUUUAAAAUCAAACGUUGUCCGUGUCUUAGAGAGUUGCCCGAGGAAAUAAGCUGUGUAAGUGGCCUGAGAGAGCUCAUCUUGAUAGAAAAUUAUCGUGUUCGUUAUUUGCCAGACUCCAUCAGUAAUUUAAGACUUUUGUCAAGGCUAGUAAUGGAGGCUGUAGGAUUAGUUAAACUUCCAGACACAAUUAAAGGGCUAGUGGAUCUUGAGUACUUGUGUUUGGCGAAUUGUACGCAUCUAAAGUCGCUGCCGGAUGCGGUUGGAGAGUUAAAGUCCUUGACUGAAUUGGAUCUAUCUGGGACAUCUAUCGAGGAACUGCCUCCUUCGCUUUGGAACCUCGAAGGUCGGACAUUAUUGAUAAAACUGUAG